UUCUUCUAUUUUUAAUUAUAUCGAAUGUAAUCUUUUUUCUUUAAUUUUCUUUAAUUAAUGCUUCAUUCAUUCGAUAUUACGCAUUAAUUUUGUUUACUUCGAUAGAUUUUUAAUGCCAUAAUUUUCCCGGAUAAUGAAAUUCUGAACUCAUCUACUUCUCUAUGUUAUUAGAUUCCAAACAUCUAAUAAAUAACGCAUAAUGCAAAAGUUUUCAACCACUUGGAUUUUUCGCUUCAUACUCCAAAAACGAUAUAGAAACAAACCUUAACCAGCAUUGGAUAUAAGGGCACGACAAAUAAAAAAGAAAAACAACAGUAUAACUAUCCCUAUAACCUAUAGAAGAUUUUACGAUAAAUACGCAAUCUGGAAAACAUCCCCAAAUAGGAGCCACGAAGGAGGAUGAAUUUCGUGAAAUUCUUUUGUCAUAGCACAUUAAUAAGCUCGAAGCCGCGAUAAUCUCCUUGCCCUCUAAAUUCGAAAAUAACAGCUUGUGAAAUAAAACGCGCGAUGCGUGUGCCGUAACACAAAGGUCGAAGGGCGCGGCGUAGAAGAGGGUCGACGCGUGCCACCCGAACCCUGAAAUCGGAGUCGAUGAUAGGUUAAAACGGUGAUCCGCCGCCGUAUACUUCCGACAGUUUUGUUAUCAUGGUGGUACAAGAGAGAUGCUCGUACGGUCUGUGGACAUACGAACGUUAAUGCCCGAUUCACCGAUAGUAUCGGUGUUUAUACAACACGUUUUACGUCCAGGCAGCCUGACGACGUUAUCUUGCAUGGUCUUAUAGGCUUGACCGGGUGUAUCGAAUGUAAACCAUUUGUACGAAGUUUCAAAGGAUGUCGCGAGAUAGGGGUACGAGGCAACACGUGUAACGUAUACUCGUUAUAAAACUCUUGGAUACCAGAUGUUGGUGACGGUAUGUCGCAGACGUGUUUUUAUUGAUUCUGACAAUAAAUCUUAUUUGUAAAGAUAUUGACACCUUUUGAACAGGUAUUUCGGAGGGAAGAUGAUGGUAUUCGAUCCUGUUAGCUUUCUGUAUUUUUAAAACUAGUAAUGUAUAAUAUAUUUUCUAGAAUAAAUAUAGUAGGCACGAUCGACUAUAAUUGUGUCUCAAUAUAAACUGAACGUUUGUUUUAAUGAAAAUACAUUGUUUACAUUCGAAAUCCGAUAUCCAUCAAUUUGACGCGUACGAUAGCCAGGUGUCUUCAGCGAAAUCAGAUAAGUUGGAAAAUAAAAGACGAUAGAAUUAUUUUAACACUAGAACUAUCGACGGCUAUAAGAUACCUGUAUACGUAUAAAACUUGUAUCGCUCGUAGAAAUGAAAAUGAAGGAUAGUCGAAGAAUCGUUCAACGCAACGAAUUUGUUCCUAAAUUUUAAUAAAAAUUAUUCGAAUCUCCAAAACACACCGUGGUAGAUCUAUAAAAUUUCUAUUGAAAGAUACGAAUGAAUCAUUUGGACUAAGAGUCGAGUUAAAGAAAAACGUUCAUAGACGUUGGAGGAAAGAAGUUGAAAACAUUUCUGAUAGGCGUGGCGCGGGAGAGGGUGUCGCCAGGAAUAUUUUAGAAAUUAAUGUCAAUGCGAACGACGAUAUCCAAUUACACCGGAAGCACCCGGUACAAGAGGCCGACUUAUAGUCGGGGGUUGCAGGCGAAACCGAAAGAAAGAGAAAGGACAGAAAGAGAAAGGGGGGAGGAACGUCAGGGUGAAAAAAACUUACUGUGGGGGGUGGAGGAGGGGGAAGUGAGCACCAAGUCCUCCCACAUUGUAAAGUACCCCUGCGCUCUAACACCGGUCGGCUUUUUCAUCGCGCACGCUUUUUUUUUUCUCUUUUUUAACCCUCCUCUCGAUCGCGAUUGUGUCCGAGACACCGGGGGCGUGAACUCGCCGAUGCCGGCACUGGCCUCGAGGCGUUUUUCGCAUUUACAAGCGCCCCGAAGAACCGUUGGUGCUCGCGAAUAGUCCAGCUGGCGACUCGCCCAAGGAGAUUUGUGAGUUUGCGUUUCAACAGGCUGUGUACGUGCGUUUUACGCGCGGAUACGGUUGAAUAUUUCGUACUUAAUGGAAGAACAUGAGUUUUGCUCGUAAAGGUAGCUGACAAUUUCUGUGAGGAUGCGCACAUAAAAAGGAAAGCGACAUUAAAUAUUCCGACGGGUUUUUGUAUCUUCUAUUUCUCAUUUUCUUUAUAUAUAUAAGAAUAAGGAAAGGCAAAAAAGAUUAAGAAUGAAAAAGAAGUAUAAUCAUACAUGAUACUUUAAUUACGUUGCUCAACGCCAUUUAUUACAUACGCUUUUCAGUUCUAUUUCUUAAAUACAUCUUUCACUCCUAUUUCUUAUCGCUGCUUAUAAUUCCGCUUAUCAAACCUAUUUAUUAUUUCCGUUUAUCAAACCUGCGGUUUAAUUUAAUUUUUUUUACUGUUGUUUUUCAACACCGGUUUUUUGUUUCUGUUAUCUCAACUUUAUACAGCUGUUUGUUUUUAAUUGCAUUUAAUUACUGUUUUAUAAUCUACUAUUAAUACCUAUAACAUUUUAUAAGGAAUGACGAAGCUUCUUUUACAGAUUAAAGUUCAAAAUUAGACACGUGAUAUCUUUACUUGCGAGGUUCUGCUUUAUUUUGCUCAUUCUAUCCGUUAGAACAUAUUGAUUGAGAUAAUAGCUUCAAUGAAAUAUUAUUUUGGACUAGAUGAUUCUCCGCACGAAAUAACAGACCUUGCCGAUGAUUUUUUUCGAUUGUGCGACAGCAAUUGCUCGCUAAAAAAUAACAAAGGAGACAGAAUUACACAUAAUUGUCUUAUCCGAUGUUUCCUUCCUUUGAUUUGAUUCACAAAAAAAAAAAGUGCGGCGACUUGCCUAACUUUCUCGAUCAAUUAUUCACUGCAUAAUCGUGCGUUCGCUUUCCUUUCCUUUUUCCUUUGAACCCACGUACGAUUUUGCAAUCGUCCAACCUUCGAUAGCUCUAGAAGGAGCAAGCGAGACUCUUAGGGUGCUUCUUUGAAGUCUAUAGAACAACUCAAGCCAAUGUGUGCACUUCACGACUUCAAACCUUUCGAAUUUGUUCGUGGAAUCGGCAAUCUGCGACCACCAUAUGUACUCGUAACGUUCAUUAAUAGGGAUAUUAUUUAUCUUCUCGUUUAUAUCUAGACGCUUCAUCAAGGGCGAAGCAACCAAUAAAUUGUAAUAUAAAAACAAGUUAAUUGUCAUUUUAGAAAAAUUCUAACAAUUCUUUUAUACACCGUUACCAAAAAAAUAGAUCUCAAGAAAAUAUGAAUAAGAAAUUAUACGGAUGGCGCAAAUGUCCAAGAAGAAGGAAAUUUCAAGACCACCUCGAGAACGUACGGCACGUUCUCCUCACGGUUGAAUAAUACAUGAAAUGUUGCCUUUCUUAACGUCGUUCGCGGUCGUGCGACAAAAGAAGUAUCGACAAAAGAGUGGCCCUCGGUAUAUAGACUCGUACGUUCAAGCCUCUUGAAACAUGCAUGAAAAACAAACAGAUGCAUCCAUCAAUCUGACACUGCUAAUUUAUAUAUCGCUCGAUUCCCUACGAUCCUAUAAAAGGGUUAAAUUGGAGCAGGAGAGCGAGUGGAACGAUGAGAGGAAAUGAAGGAAAUUUUGGCUCUCAGCUCAUCGAGCAGCCGAUAAUUCUGCCCCUGUUCGCCGACGAGAUAAGGAUCUAAGAUUACCGCGGUCCUGUUAACGUCAGAUUAGUGUCACCAGCCCUUUUCUAAAGUGACCCCACUCGACGAGAGUGGGUCAGAGGGUCGGACGCGCGCGCGCUGUCCAAUGGCUUUUAAAUUCACUCGGCUAUACGACUACCGUCCCGCUGGAUAAACGUUCCUUCAAAUCUGUUUAUUUUUGCGUGGCUUUACUCGACAGGUAGCUCCUCCGAGCCUAUCUUUUCCCGAAGCAGCAUGCCUUUAAAAGAGGAUUCGGGAAGCCAUCCUCUUGAUCUCCUCAUCCUAAUCCCCUUAACCCUUCUUAACGUCCCGGAAUAAAGGAAGACGUAGACAGAUCGGUUCGGCAUACUUGACUUUUUUUUGGAAGGAACCUGUGAACGUGUUUCUGCGCUUCCAUCUGACUUACAUGCGAAUUUUUAUGGUGGACUUUUUGUUUGAAGAAUUUAGUUUUUUAACGAGACUCGAAGAUUUUUUAAUUACAGCAAUCUGAGAUUUUUUUUAAUCGUGCCUCUAAAUUGCUUUUCAUCUCAGAAAUAGUAGAUAGUUAGAAGGAUACCAGAAUCAAAGUAUUAUAAUCUGCAAUGUAUGCUCGUAGAUAUUGAAAAAUCACAUGUCGAUACUACUAUGAAAAAGUAUUUUUGCGAUUUUUUCUUCUAGAUAAAUACAGAUUCCAUAUGGGUUUCCCACAAUCAGAAAACAAGCUGCUCAACUUCACUCUCCGUAAAUGUUUCCAUUUUAUUAUCUACGUACGUAAUUAGUGUUCAACUUUUCAAAGACCAAAUAAUUGAAUUUCUUAUAUCCAUAUAUCUCUUUCUACCUUUCAACCAUAAAAGUAGGUGGCAUAAUAUACCUAAUUAUAAAUUUAAAGAUAAAAGAUUUUCAACUACUUUUCAAUCUAUGGAAUUGUUGGAUGUUUAGUACAUUUUUCCCAAUAUUUAAUCUAAUUUAAUCCAAUAAUUUAAUAAUAAUUUAAUCUAAUUUUUCCAAAAAUGUGUAUUUGUACUGUAUCUUCGUUCAGCUCUUCGAUUGAUUUCUUCGGACUAUAAGCACAUAGAUAUACCUAGAAGAGGAGCAAGUUCUCAUAAAUUGUAGAAUUGCUACCAACAGUAGAUUCGAUAAAGAAGCAAAGGAAAUUACGAUUGAAUGUAUCGUGUUGUUUUAUAAUGCGGGAACUAUAGGCUCUACGAGAAUGGGAAAGCAAAAAUGCACGCGACGAAGGAGUACAGGAAACAAGGAGCAGACUGUGGCUUGAUACACCGGGAUUAGCUCUGGCUCCUUAAUGAGCGUUAAUGGCACGUGAUUUCUUAAUCACCUUAACGAUCACCAUGCGCAUAACUCGUCGCCGUGAACAGUGGGGAUCAAUAAAAACCAAUUUAUCCGAUAUACUCAGCGCGUUGUACCGAUUCAUUUGACAUUAUUUUAUUUUUCGCCUUUUACCUUCCGUGACACAGCAACCAUUUCUUUUUUCACGAGUAAUUAUUACUAUGUACAUUUUUACAACACGAUAACUUUUCUUGUACAUCAAGAUAAGCAAUAUAUUCGUAUCUCUGAUCUGUUCAUAUUGAAAAUGAGAUUCCCCAUUUGUAAUAAUUUUUAUGUGAACUCUCUCGCGAUUUUCGAUAGCUGAGAUAUCUCCGUUAUCGUAAUGUCGUUUGUGCAAGGCUAUUAUUUUUAAUAUUCUCUUUAUAUUAUUUAAUAUUAUUAAUAUUUUUAAUAUCAUUAUUAUUAACAUGCGAAAUGUCUCGUUAGAAAAUUUAGAAUAAACAAUCUAUUGCAUUAGGUCGCGUCGUGAUUAUUACCAUUAUAAUUAACGACGUUGUAUUCAAGUCGAACUAUGUACACACACGCGGAGGUAAUCGAAGAAUCAUAACAUCGAGUUUGACACGACUCCGGCAAGGAACAACGUAAAAUCCAAACAAACGACCACUAUUUCGUGCGCAUUUUCGUGCCGACCGUCUGAACGAUAACAUCGCGUUGUUGCGCGUCGAAAUUUCGGGAAUCUUAAUCGCGUGGUACAUAACUUUAUCUCGUUACAUUAUUUCGCCUAUUUCAUUCGUUGUUUCGUUUAAAUCGCGUGUGUAUCGGUAGUGAUUCUGUUGAUUGCGAAUGGUGGAGGACCGAUUAGAAAUCAUGAUCUAUCCAAGAUGGACCAAAUUGCCUUGAACUAUUAUUUUCACGUCGAUUUUGAGGCAAUUACAUACGAUGACUUCCUACGUUCGUCAUACUGGUGGUCCUAAUUCUACUGGGAACCUCGGACCGUACGAAGUAUGUCACAAAGUUUUGAACUUUGGUCUACGAUCUACAUGUUCCUAUAUAUACACUCGAAUCUGCCCGCGAUGCGUAUGCAUGCAGGAACGCGUCAGACCUGGAAACCUGGACGAUUGUAAGGCCAGAUGCCGACGUGCGGCUUUGCAUCCACGACGAAGAACGACGACGAAGAAGAAGAAGAGGCGAAGAAGGAAGCAGCAGCAGCAGCAGCAGGCUGGUUCGCAUAGGUGCGUCGUAAUGACUGCAGCUCGGCGAGCGGCCGAUGGAUCGCUCGAAUACCAUGGUAGCAUCGCGAAGCCGCAUUUUUCGCGUAACUGGAAAGACUACGCGACCGCGGGCGCCCUUUUCUCUCUAGAGUGCCCUGGUGCCUGGUAAAAGCAGAAAGGAAGAGGCAAGAAAGAAGAAAGAGAGAGAGAGAGAGAGUGAGAGAGAAUGAGAAGAACGGCAGGAGAAAAGGAGGACGACAACGAAACGCAAGAAGAUGGAAGAGAGAAGGACAGAGAUCGAAGGUCGAAGAAGGAAGACAACCGUGACUAUCGUAGUCGAUUACUAGGGAAGCAAAAGGAAAAUUCUGACUCGUAGGUGGCAUUUUAUCGUGAUUAGAAAACCUUUUUCCU